UGGAUACCGCGGCUACUCUCUUCCAUUGUGUCGGCGACAGUCACGCCGUUCGUGUCGUCCGAAUCCCGCUGUUCCGAACCGGAGUGUAUUGACGGUGUCGCGUACUGUGCCAUAUAUAGAGCAGCACUAAGUGAAAAACAUGGCGCCCGAAGGUAGACAGCAGACACUGCUGGUAGUUUUUGGCUUCCUGGAUGUGUUGAAAUAUCGUUAGCUGAAUAUAGCUCAUCGUCGUGUAAGCCAAAGAAGAUUAUAAUCGCGUUAUUCCACGCAAUCAAUCCAUCAGUAUUUAUCUAUCCAGGCUUCCCAGUGAAAGUGCAACCUCAAUCCCUUAUUCUAACAUAGUUAGGCCAGAUAACGAAGGGUCUCUUCAGUAGCAUACAACAUAGGGAAGAAUUAGUGUGGUGUUCUACUUGUCCCUUUAAUUCCACCUGAGCCGUACACUCAAAUAGUGUGUAAACAAGAAAGCAGAAAAUCCACUAAUUAGCGUGUUGCGAAAUCGUGUUUCAUGUGGUCAGAGCGAAGAGUCAGAAGUUAGGAUUGCAGCAGUUCUACCAGCACCUGUGCGCGAUCUAUAUCGCAUAUGCCACACCGCACAGCAGAAUCAGCAGUGGCAAACAAAGCUAGGGGAAAAAUCGAUUCGCGUUGUCGGAGAAGAAAGUCAAACACCACCAGAUCAGUGAUAUUUAAUGGAAAGAUGCAUCAGCGGCAAGUGCAAGUUAUCGUCGUCGUCGUCGUCGUCGAAUGUCGAUAAGGGAAAAAGAAAAUCUAUCAUUCCCUGAGCUCGGUCUGUACUGAGAGGGAGGAGGUUCAGCUGUGUUCCAGUGUAAUCCCCAAGUGAGAUUUAACGAGUGCUAUAAUGAACGCAGACCGGAACAAACGACAGUAUCGAUCCGGCAACAAUCUGUUCAGCGAUGAUGAGCUGGAAUUAUCAUCGUCCCAGGUGCUGGAGAAGGUCAAAUCGGACCGCAUUGCGUCGACCAAACCGGACGAGGAUCGCCGCCGGCGAACGAUCAUCGUCGAGAAGAAGAACGGUUCCUAUGGGUUCACGCUGCAGAGCUAUGGAAUCCACUACAAAAAGGAACAGGAGGUUGAAAUGAUCACCUACGUGGACUACGUCGAGUACGAUGGGCCGGCCUACCGGGCGGGAAUGCGGGAAGGUGACGUGAUCCUCUCGAUCAAUGGGUACGACAUGGAAAAGGCCGAACACAAAACCCUGGUCAAUUUCAUCAAAAACUGUGAUAACCGAAUGCGAAUGGUGGUGCUGUUCGAAGACUGCUGCCGAAAGGUGGAGCUACAUCUGAAAUACAUCCAGCUUCAGGAGCUGCUCAAAAGCAAAAUGAACGAUCUUGAGCGGAUAUGCCUGAAGGAGCGGGAGCUGCUGGAAGGGAAGUGGAAAACUCACAGCUUGCCAGCGCGGAAGAAAGCCACGCCUUCCACCGACGACAUCGAUCCGGGUUCUACGACGGACGUUGAAUCAGCAUCGGGUCCUUCGUUUUGCCGUCCGGCCUCAUCGACGGAGGACGUCAAGAAGCUUUUGAGGCAGAAGACAUACAUUGUACCACCGCCCGCCCAGUUCAUGCUAGCGUAUCAUUGCCUGGACAGCAACUACCGCUACGUGAUACACCCAUCGACAUCGACUGGUGCUACCGGCAAUACCGAGUACUCCUCGGGCGCCACAUCUUUCAAUCCCAGCUGUGCUCAAUCUGCGGCCAAACUAUGUAAAGACCAUCAGCACGUAAUCCGUGGUUCUUCCCUAGACAAUAGCAACGUGGGCAGCGGUCAGCAACCGAAGUCGACAUCGCCAACGAAGAGUCUUCACAACUACGACACCAAAUCAACGAAAUCCUCAUCGCGACGCCAUCUGCAUGGGCACUCGUGCAACCCGUGCAUGGGUCACUUCCUGCGCGGCGGUGACAAAGGCAAUAAGGCCGACAAGGACAACACCAGCCUCGACGCGUACGACCUCGCCAGCCCUUGCUGUGAUCCACAAUGUGUUCCUUCGCGGCGCAAGUCCAAACACCACAAAGAUCAUCAUCACAAGCACAAACAUCGGGACAAGGAAGCGAAAGAGGGCGGCAAAGAGCGCAUUCCUCGUCCCAAGUCACAGCCACACAUUUCACCACAGUCACAGGCUAACUAUAUGUAUCGCCAUAGUAAAGAUAAGCACGAACAUCACCAUGCCAAAGUUUACGACCUAAACGCUAGCUUAACCAGUCAUUGUAGUCUUCAUUCAUGCACAUCCAGCGAGUUCAAUCCGGCUGCGGAAAAUUCGCCAGCAUCCUACAGCACUUCCAUCAGUACCGAUACGCUGUAUUGGGAACCGCACAGCGAGUCAACGUCCGCUUCGGCUAAUUCGGCCCACAAGAAGCCCCCGGCGACAAGUUCUGCGGGUCCGAGCCGGCCGCACACCCAUCAACACCACUACUACGUACAAAAGUACAUCAAUCCUCAUACCGGCCAAAUCCAGCCCAUUGCCAUGUACGCCGGGCCUCCGGUUCACAAGCCCAAGUCCUGGGACAACCUCGCAAUGAAAGGAUACGGAGGCUAUGGGUACGGUUACGGUUACCUGGAGAUGAACAAAGCGAACAUUCCUGCGGCCCAGACUAGGACCCAAACUACCAUCACCAUCCAGCAUAGGAACUCCAUUCCGAGAAAGAACGGCUACGAACGGUACUCCGCAUUUGUAGAUGUGGAGAACUACGCACCUCCACCGACGCAGUUCCUGCAGGAAACGACAACCACGACGACCACCAUCACGACCAAGUCGACCGAAAACCUGCUCGCACCGUACAACAUAUCGGAUCAAAGCCUGGCCUGCGAGUGCAUCGAGGGUCCUUCGAGUUCCAGUGGUGGUGGUGGUGGUGGAAAGGCAGCCACCAGUGCGAUGGAGAUACUGCACGACAAGUCCGGAUACUAUUCCAGUUUGGGGGGUGGAUCGAGUGGAUCCGGGACAGGGAAUAAGAAACAAAUGUCCAACCUUACUGAGAUCGCACGGCUUUAGACUUGGCAGGUCUCUGUAUGUUUUAACGGUUCUAGAAGUAAAAGUGUUCAAUACGUUCAAUUCCUUAUUUUGUUGUUACAUUCCUUGUGUUACAAAAUAGUUGGUAUUUUUCGCUGGCUGUGAAGGCAUCAUUACAUACUGGUGGAAAAGUCUGGAAUUUGUGGGACUUUCACAGGUUUGGUAGCCUUCGACGGGGACUGGUGAAGAAGUUAAUAAAUAGAAGACAUGGAAAGCUCCAAUGGGAUCGUAAUGCAUAAUAAGGGAAGACAUGGUUUAUAAUCCUAUGCUCCCAUAUUCUUCUUAUGCGAAAACAGAUUAUACAGCGGAUACAUUAGUUGAAGGAUCUAUUCGGAUCAUAUUGGUAUCAGUUUAACGUUUGCUCACUAUCGCAACCUCUUUAAACUCCCUGAAAAACCCAUGGUACGCCCCUGAAACCAUCCGAUACACCCUGAAACAUCCCUGGAACAUCCCUGGGCCACCCUGACACUCUUUGGAGCACCAUGGAACACCAUUAGAGCCCCCUGUGAUACUCUUGGAACGAUCUUGGAACCACCUGAAACUCCCUGAAAACCGAUGUUUCGCUCCUGAAACCCCUUGGAUGAUUACCCCAUGGGAUUCCCUCACGCCUCCUAAAGCCACACGGAACGAUCAUGGAACGCCCCUAGGCAUUUCUUACUGUAAUACUUUAUAGAUCUUCGCUUUGGACUAUUUUCAUGACAAUUUACGUAUGACAUUCUUGGAGGAUUUCCGUUCGUAUUCUUGGUGACUUUUUUACAAUUCCUUUGCCAGACCUCCGGUUAAACUCCCGUUACGAAUACCCUAUCCAAUGACAAAUAAUUAGGAUAGUAGGAUUCCCGAUCCUACUGAAUAUUCAAAAUAAUAUAACAAUUUUUUUUUCUGGAAUUCUUCUAGAGAUUCUACCAUGAAUUUCUUUUAGCUAAUUUUCCACGGAUUCCUUCAGAAGCAUUCAUGAAUUUCUCAAGUGCUUCUUUCCGGAGACCUUCAGAUAUUUCAUCUGACAUAUUUCUGGAAAACCUUGCAGGCAUAAAAAAUUCCCAAUGGAUUAUUUCAGAAAACCAUCCAAGGAUGAUAUUCUAAAAAAAUCGCUGUAAGAAUGCCUGGAUUCUUACAGCGAUUUUGCAUAAUAUCAAGACUCUUGAUUCAAGAGUUUACAAUUGGGGUUUUAAAUUAAGAAAAAUUAAAUGAUUUUUUUAUUUUUAAACGAUAGAGCACCUUUUUCUGAGCCGCUAUGCUUUUUUUCAGAUUUUUAGAACAUUAUUUUGAUAGGGUAUAUGGAUCAUUCCUUGGCCUAAUUUGCAAACCGCCUUGACAAUUUUGACCAUAACUCAUGAAUUAAUAGCACUAGAAAUAAUAUGUUGACCCUAUUACGCACUCUAGGCAAUGCAUGUUUCACCAAUUGGAAGUAAACUAACGUAAAUAUUCAAGAAUUUACUUAACUUAGUUGAAAAGAUUCGAUGUGAUGGUAUGCAACGUUGGUCUAUGGUACAAAAAUUGGCCUAUUAGUGGAUACAACGUUGGCCUAUUGCUUUCCAUGCACUAGAGCCACUUAUUAUCUCAUUUUUUCAAUAUUUCUGCUGAGGUAUUAUCUCUGUUUGUUCACCAAUUAUACUUUCAAAUUACAUUAUCGGAGCCAAAUUUUCAAAAAACUAUAAAUAAACCACUUAAACUAAAGUUCUUUCUUUUUUAGUAACGAAAACAAUGCAACCCGAUUAUUGUGUUAUAUUUUUUACAGUCACCGCACACAAAAUCUAUCUUUCUGUUCGUUAUUUCUGGUUCUAACGCAAGCAAUGUUGUUGGCGUCACUUUAUAGGUGUUUUUGACGUCACUUUACUGAUGGGCCAAGAUUUGGGUACAUAGUGAAAAAAUGUCCUCAAUAUUCGGCCCACAUGUAAUUUGUAAAAUAGUUAUUAUUCGUUAAAAACAAACAUACAAACUCAUAAUAGCAUCUUUGACCGUCGCAUCAAAUGUUCAGUUAUUGAAAAGGCAAUUCGAAAUAUUCCAGAAUCAUGCCAUUUAUGAUCAUGUGUAUAGACUACCCACUAAGCCAUGAUUCUUCGGCGUCUACAAAAGCUAAACAAAGUGACAUUUUCAUACAAUUUUAAUACUCCAAUGUGCUAAAAUUGAAACUAAAUGUUACAGUUGCUUGGCGCAAAGCUUUUCCGAUAUCCAGUUCGGCGUGUUUGUUUGAGUUUUUGGUUAAGAUUAAAAUAGGCCGAACGAGGGGACUAUGCCAACGAAGCAUCCCGAUACCCUAUCUAAAAUCAAUUUCAAAGAGAUUUUUUGAAAUCACCUUUUGACAGCUGGGCAACUGCUUGACAGCUCCGCUCAGUACAAAAUGCGACGAGGGGUGAUUCGACAAAUCGCUUCCAUACAAACUUCAAAUUGAUUUUUAAAUAGGUUCCCGGGCACCAAAAUUGAUGAAAAUUUGGAUUUCGGCUCAGUUUGGCAUGCAGAUUCAGAAUAUGGGAUUAUCUCAACACCACUAAAGAAGCCAAUUGAGGGGCCCAGAAAGGGGUGUAAGUGACUAUUUUGUAGAUUUUUAACUGAGCAUAUCUUGAAAUUCCUCAGAUUUUAAGCUUUCAGGAACUUUCUUAAGAUUGUUUCUACGAUGAUUGGAAAAAUUACCAUAAAUCAGAGAAAAUUGGGUUGAUUUUGAAACUCCAUACAUUUUGUAUGGGAUGAAAAAUUGGUCAAAAACUUCAAACCUCAGUUACUCGAAAGUGGGUUUUUGUCACUUACACCCCUUUGCUUGUAACGCCAUCAAUUCUUACAUAAUUUCUCCGCAAAGUCCUUCUAACAAUCUUCUCAAUAUUCUUACAGAUUUUUUUUUUCAGAAGUGCUUUAAGAUAAUUUACCAAAGAUUUGGUACGCAAUAUCUCCCAAGUUUCCUUUGGAAAUUUUUCCAGAUAUUCCUCCAUUAAUUUUCCUAAGAAUUUCUAUAGAGAACCUUUUAUGGAUUUCUUCUAGAAUUGUUGAGAAGAUUCAUAAAAUGUGUCUCGCAAAAAUUAUCUAUUUUAAACCCCCCGUUUCCUCUGAUGCAAAUUUUUGUAUGGGACUUCUGAAAUUUGAGUAUAGGUCGCCACAUUUUGCUGAUACCUAUUCCCGGUUUCUUCAAAGCAUGACGAAUUUUAUGGACGUUUGCCCUUCAAGAAUAUCUCUAAAAAUUCCUUCAAAAACUUAUAUAAAGAUUCUUUUAGGAAUUCUCCAUCGAUUCCUUCGAAAAUUCAUUCAGGGAUUCUUCAAUAAAUUUCUCCACGACUCCUAGCAUGUAUUGCUCCAGAGAUUCACACAGAAAUACAUACGGAGAUUCCUUUAGGAGUUCCUCAUGUACUUUCCUGGAAAUUCUUCCAGGAUUACUUCCAAAGAUGCCUUUAGGAAUUUCUCCAGAAAUGCUUACUAGAAACUGCUACAGAAAUUCCCUUGGAUAUUCUCAUGAGAUUUUUUUACCAUACUUUACAGAAGUUUAAAUGUUUCUCUACACAUUCUUCUGAGAAUUGCUUAAAAAGGCUUUCACGAAUUCCUCAGGGUAUUCGUUUAAAAAAUCUAUGAGUUUUAAUAAGGGAUUCCUCCAGAAAUUUCUACAAAUAUUUAUUAAUAAAUUCCUAAAGGAAUUCCACCAAGGGUGUCUCAAACACUUUUUCCAGGUUUUACUCAAGGAAUUUGCGCAGUAACACCUUCUAAGAUAUUUCGGGAAUUUUCCUAUGAUUCUUUCAGAUAUUCCUCCAGAGAUUUUUUAAAGAAUAUCUUCAGAAAUUUCUACAGAAAAUAGACGAUUUAUUCAAAAAACCUUCAAGGAUUCUUUCAGAAGUUUCUCCACAGAUUCGUUCUGGAACUUUUUCAGGAAUUCCUCCAGAUAUAUUUCCAGAGACACCUUAAGGAUUUUAAGGAAUGUCAAAUUCUUCGACAAUUCUUUGGAAAAUUCUGUCAGAAACUCAGGAAAUCCUUGCAAAAUGUUGUAAUAUGUUACUGAAGAUUGAUUCUUAUCGAUACUGAUCAUGCGGAUCCUUCAAAUAUAUCUCCUGGGAUUCCUUCAGAGAAUCCUUCAGGAAUUCUUUCAAACUACACAAAUUCCGCUAGAAAUUCCUCUAAUGAAUUCCACCAAGGGUUUCUCAAGCAGUUCCUUUUGGUUUUACCUUCUACGAUUUUUUUCUGGAAUUUCCUUAUGACUGUUUCAGAUAUUCAUCUACAGAUUCAUUUCUACAGAAAUAAGAAAGAAAAUUUAUUCAAAAAAUCUUUCAUGGAUUCUUUCAGAAGUUUCUCCACGGAUUUUUUCUGAAACUUCUUCAGAAAUUCCUCCAAAUAUUACCAGAGACCAUUAGGAGUGGAUUUUUCUAUGAAUGUCAGCAAGAUCAGCCAAAUCUCUUUCAUGCAGUUUUUUUUUUCAGAAAUUCAUCUACAGCUUUUUCAAAAAAAUUUCAGCAAUUCUUUAGAAAAUUCUUCCAAGAGCUCCUCCAGAAAUAUCUUUCUUCUGUACUUCAAGAAAUUACAUUGGAGAAAUUUUUCAAGGAUUCCCUGAACGGAUUUCUAAAGGAACUCCUGAAGCCAACCUCUGAAGAUUCCCAAAACAAAUGAAAAAUUUCUGAACAUAAUUCUCUGAUGCAAUUUAUGAAGUAAUCUUAGGAAGAAUUUCUGCAGGAAUAUCUGGGCAUUGCCUGAAGUAACUCCUUGACAUGAAAUCUGAAAAUCUGAAGUAAUCAUUAGAGGAGUUUUUGGAGGAACUCCUUGAGACAGGUCUGGAGGAAAUAUUUUAUGGGAAACUUUUGAAGGAAUUCAAGGAAUCCCUGAAUAAAUUUCUAAAGGACACUCUUCAAGAAUUGCUAAAGUAAGCCUCAGAAAAUGUUCUGAAAGACUCCUUGAAAUAUUUUCUGCAGGAAUCCGAGCAGAAACUGCAGACAAAGGUAUUGAAGAAGGGAAUAAAUCCAUACAUCAGUUUCUGAAGGGAUUCUUGGAGGAUGUACUGAAGCAAACCCUGGAAGAACUGCUGAAGAUGCCUUUAGAAAUUUCUCUAGAAAUGUUCCCUAGAAACUGCUACAGAAAAUUCUUUGGAAAUUCUCGGGAGAUUUUUAUAUCAUACUUUGCAGAAGUUUACGUAUUUCUCUAGACAUUCUUCUGAGAAUUACAAAAAAAAACUUUCACAACUUUUUUCGGGUAUACUUUUAGAAAAUCAAAAAACUAUGAACUUUAAUAAAGCAUUAGACAGAAGGUUUAUCCAAAAAAUCCCUCAAGGAUAUUUUUAAAAGUUUCUCCACGGAUGCUUUCUGAAACUUCAUCAGGAAUUCCUCCAGAAAUAUUUUCAGAGACACCUUCAGGAGCUUAAAAAGUUUUCUAUGAAUGUCAGCAAGGGAUUUCAUCAGAAGUUCUUUCAUGGAGUUUUGUUUUCAGAAAUUCACCAAAAGCUUUUUCAAAAAUUCAUCUUUGGAAAAUUAUUCUAAAAGCUCCACCAGGAAUCUCAAAAUUCUGUCAUGGGUUACUGAAGAAGUAUUUGGAAGGUUUCUUAUUGGUACUUAUCCUGCGGUUCUUUCAGAAAUAUCUGCUAAGAUUCUUUCAGAUAUUACUCCUUUAAUUCUAUCAGAUACUUCUUCACUGAUGAUUUCACAGAAAUACUUUAUGAAAUUACACUAAAAAUUCGGGAAAUUUUUCAAGUAUUCCCUGAAGGAAUUUCUAAAGGAAUUCUUGGAGCCUACCCUCAGGAGAUUCCAAGAAAAAAAAAACCUGAAAAUUUCUGAAAAAAACAAAAUUCCUUGAAACAAUUUCUGAGAUUUUCUGCAGGAAUCUCUGGGGCACAUCUGAAGAAACUCCUUGAGAUGGCUCUGGAAGAAUUCCUGAGUUUUACGGGAAACUUUUGGAGGAAUUCAAGGGAAAAAUCCUGGAGAAGUAUUUUAAAACACUGCCUAGAGAGAUUUCUGAAGAACACUCUUUAGGAAUCGCUGAAAAAAUCCGAAGGAAUCGUUGAACUAAUUUAGGCAGGAAUUCGAGCAGAAACAGCAGCCAAAGUUAUUGGAGAAAUUCUCUAAUAAAUCCAUAUGUACAAACGUUUUUGAAAGUUGGUGUCCUGAACCUCAGUAAAAUCGAUUACCGAAGCAACCCAAGUAGUUCUGCUGUUCUAUUUUUGUCAAAAAAGUUCCGAACAGGCAAUUCAGGACUAAGUGCGUAAAUUUCUGAAGAGAUUAUUGCAGCAUAUUCUGCAGAUAUUUCUGGAUGAGUUAUUAAAAGAAUUUCUUGAAAAAUGUGUGAAAUCCCUGUAACAUUUUCUUAAAUAAUCGCAAGAGGAAUUUUCGGAGGAAAAGCCAGCAGAAAUUUGAAACAAAUCUGGAAGAGCUCUUGAAGGAAUCACUAAAAUAUGUUGUUUAAAAUUUAAUUUUUGAAUUUGAAGGAAUCUCCAAAGGAAUGCCAGCGCCAGGAAAUGUGAAGAAUGCUCUGUAGUUAUUACAUGUAGAAUUUCUUGAGAUAUUCCUGGAGAAACGACAACAAAUUAAUCCGGAAGUGAUUUCUGAAAGAAUCCCCGAAAGAAUAUCCGAUGGAAUUCCUGAAGGGUCCCCGGAAAGUAUUCUAAAGGAAUUCCUUAGGAAGGUUUCAAUGAAUCCCAAGAGAAGUUUAUUAUGCAAUCACUGGAGGAAUAUUUGAGGUACUUCUGAGGCGAAUCUCGUGAAAACUUUCUAGAGGAACCUCUGGAGUAAUAUCGGAGAGAAUCUCUGGAGAAAAACCCGGAAGGAACCUCUCGAAGAGCUCCUACAAAAAUGUCAUAAGGCAUCCUUGCAAAAAAAAUCUGAUUUUUUUAAGGAAUCGCUGGAGGAAUUUCUGGAGAAUUUCCUGCAAGAAUUUCUUGAGGAAUUAGUGAAAAAUUAACUGGAGUAAUCUUUGAUGAAAGUUUUGAAGGAUUCGCUAGUUGAACUUCUCUGCAAUCUGUUGAGGAAUUUCUGGAGAAAAGUCUAGAAAAAUUCCUGGAAAAGACUAAAAAAAAUAACUUGAAGGCAAUUCCAAAUAUCCUGCAAUAAUUCCAGAAUUCUUUGAGAAAUUUCAGAAGUACUCUUGAAGCAAUUCUUAGAGGUACACUCUAUUUUUAUUAAACAAUCAUGAAUUUGGAGCACCAUAAGAUUUUUCUGGGAUUUCUCCAGGAAUUCCUUACGGAAGUGCCUCGAAGAUUCCAACAGGAAGUCUUUCUGGUUCUUUCGAGAAUAUCUAGAAAUCAUUUCAAGAAACUCUUUCUGCUUCAGAGAUUCCUUUCAGAAAACCCUUCAGAGAUUACUUUUUAGAAUUCCUUCAGAGAUUCCAUCUGGAAUUCCUUUAGGAUUUAUUCCAGAAUUCUCUCUGGAAUUUCUCCAGGGAUUCCUUCUGGAAUUCCACCUGGGAUUUCUUCUAGAUUUUUUCCAGGGAUUCCUUAUGGAAUUCUUCCAGGGAUUCCUUAUGAAAUUCCUGCAGGGAUUCCUUCUGGAAUUCCUCUAGGGAUUCUUUCUGGAAAUCUUCCAGGGAUGCCUUCUGGUACUUCUCCUGGGAUUCCUUCUAAAAUUCAUCCUAUUCUUUCUGGAAUUUCUCUAGGGAUUCCUUCUAGAAUUCCUCCUGAAAUUCAUCCAGGAAAUGAAAUGCUUCUGAAAUUCCUCCAGGGAUUCCUUCUGGAAGUCCUCCAGGGAUUUCUUGUAGAAAUCUUCCAGGGAUUCCUUCUGGAAUUCCAUCAAAUGAAUUAUUUAGGAAUUCGUUUGGGGAUUCCUCCGAAUAUUCAUUUUUUUUAUUCUUUAGGGAUUAGUUCAAGAAGAAGUCUACUGUUUAGGGAUACGUCCAGCAUUUCUUUCAAGAUUUUAUCUAGUUAUUUUUCCAGAAAUUACUCUAGACUUCUCUCCAGAAAUUGAUCUAGGCAUUCGUCACGAAAUUUCUAAGGUUUACUCUCAGAGUUGCUUAAAGAAAUCUUUUCUCCAGCAUUACCUUCAGAGAAACCUUUCAAGAAUCUUAACCUCCAGGAGUUCCUAAAAAAUCCUCUAGUAAAUUAUCUAAUUCAUUCGGAGCUUCAUCAAGGAAUUUAUUCGGAAAUUCCUUACGGAAGUGAUCCAAAGAUUUCAAUAGGAAGUCUUUCUGGUUAUUUCGGGAAUUUCUAGAAAUUCUUCCGAGGAUUCCUCCAAGAUUCAAGAAUUCCUGCACGAAUUAAUUUGGACGAUUCAUCUAACUGGAAUUUCGUUCUGAAAUUUCUCCAGCAAUUGGUACAAAUCAUACGGAAUUUGCUUUGGGGAUGUCUUCAGGAAUUCUUUCUGAUAAUUCACCAGGAUUUCUUCUACGAAUUCUUUAGGAAUUCCUUUGAAUAUUUCUCAAGGAAAUCCUUGGCGAUUCCUCACGAAUUUCAUUCUGAGAUUUUCCCAGGCCCAAUGGUCAGGGUAAGAUAACCUUUCAAUCUUGUUACCUAUGCUAAUCAAAAUGUAUUUAGUCAAGCGGAGUAAAACUGCGAUAGUAAGGAAACGUCAAACAUGUUACGUUUGAAUUUGAAAGGUGAACAAUUAAGUUACUGAACCAUUUGCAAACUAGUCCAAAAUCCAAGCGAUGAAUGCCAGCCAAUACAAAAUGUCAUUUCGUUAUACCAAAUACAACCGUAUUCCUUUCGAUGCUUGUUACAUUAUCAUUUGCCAUUGAAGUUGCGAAACGUAAAACGUUAUCGUCAAAAUGUUAAUCAUCAUCAGAAAGUUUGUUUUUUUUUUCGAUUCAAAAUCCGUCUGUAUACUAGACAUAUUAGGCCGCCAUAUAGAAUAUUUAGUGUAUUUAUUAUAGUGUCGCAAUAAAAACAAUGAAUAUGGUAUUCAAAGAUUCCAAAUUGCAAUUGUGCAAAGCCAAAAACAAAACCAUCAAGUUUUUACCAUUUUGGAUGCAAGUAGGAUGUGUUUAUUGUAACUGAUUUACACACAUAAAUUAGUAAUUAUAACGAAACCCCAUUUAAAUAUAAAAUCAAACUUGAUCGAUAAGCAACUUCCGCGAUAUACGCAAUAAAGCUAAACGGCCACGUCAUAACAAAACGCUACCAAAAUGCAUUAUGAUCUUUGAUCCUAUAAAGUUCGUUUAUCAAUCAGGAAAGGAAAUAUCAAUAAAACGACUCACUAUCGCAAGCAACUCAAACUAUAACUAAAUAAAUAUUUAAUCGGCUUGGUAGGCCCAAAACGCGCGAAGAAACCAAUCAAUUUUGCGGAAUGGAUAAUAUAAUUCAGGCACAUUGCAGGGGAAGCUUCGAAGCUUUGAACAGGAGAGAAACAAGAGAAAAAGACCCCAAAUAAUACGUAGAUGUAUAGUACCCGUUGUAAUAAUAAAACUAUUGGAGUGAGUAGUAGAAAAGUGA